AUGGUUGAUUGGAAUGUGGAUAAUUUGAUCGCAAGUGAGGCGAUUUCUCCCUUCCAGAGAGUAUUACCAAAAGAUGUAGUGGAAAGCAAACGAAAAGCAAGCAGACGCCCUGCAAGACAACGAAAAGCGUCAGUCAAAGCUCGCGAGACAGCUGAACCCUAUCUUUUAAAACGAGGAAUCAUAAUAAUCGUGGAGAGCUUUUACGCAGACGUGGAAAGGGAUGAUCUCGAGGAUGCAAUAACGAUGGAUUUGGAAGAUGUAUGA